AUGGACAUCCUACGGCCAAGGGGAACCUACCAACGCAUCAACUCCCGCGAUUCAACCAUACCCUGGGACUCGGGCUCAGACAUGGAGCUGUCGUCGCCGCUCGACCACAAAAUCAAUAACAACAAUGACAAUAGCAGGACCCCCCGCUUCCGGUCUGGAUUCUCAGCCACGAUCAAGGAUCAAGCACCGCUCCUCGACCCUUCGACCGACCCAGUCCGCCACUUCAAGCCCGCCUAUUUCCAUCGUCCAAACUUUCUCGGCGGCCAUUCUCGACUCUACGGCUGGAGAACAGGCGCUCUCUUUGCCGCCUCGUUCGCGGGAAUCUCAUUUCUAAUCAACCUGGUGGUCCUGGUCUGGUUGUCCACCCAUCGAUCUAGCUCCGGCCUGGUCGAGCUCUUCAAUGGAAGCUGUAGCAAGGUCGAGAACAUGGAUCUCUGGGUCCAUCUUGCCAUCAACGCACUCAGCACACUGCUCCUUGGAGGCUCCAACUAUUGCAUGCAGUGCCUGUGUGCGCCAACGAGAAAGGACGUCGAUGCUGCCCACGCCCAGGGGAAGUGGCUCGACAUUGGAGUCCCCAGCAUCCGCAAUCUUCGCCGAGUGCCUGUCUACAAGUCGGUCAUGUGGCUGAUGCUAGGCCUCUCUUCGGUGCCCUUGCACCUCAUGUAUAACUCGGCCUUCUACAAAUCCCUGUCGACCAACGACUACGCCUUCUACUUUGCCACGCAAGACUUUGUAGACGGGUCGUCCUUUACCAUCCCGGAGCGCACCAUCGACCCGUACUACCUCAUCAUCGGCUCAGUCGAACCGGCCAAAGUUCAGUCCGACCUUCAGACUCCCGGUCUCUACGAGCGACUGGAAAUGGUGGAUUGCAUCCACGCCUAUGCGACCGACUUCCUGACCAACAGACGGAACCUGGUAAUGGUCUCCAAAAACGACACUGCUAAUAGCAGCCUGCUCGACAUGGGGUUCUACGCCUUUUCAACUAUCAACCCCUUCGUCUGGAUCUGUGUCAGUGACCCCAACCUGGAUCUCUACGGUGAUAAUGGGAAUUGGGAACCUUGCGAGAAGCUCGUCUCCAAGGUCGAGGCCGCGGCGGACGCGGACCAGUGGCGUCCCUAUGGUUACGAUGUCCAGUACUGUCUCAGCGAGUUGGUUCCCGAAAGAUGCAGCUACAACGGUAAUAUUCCCAUUGUGGCUGUCGUUCUGGUCGCCAAUCUCAUCAAGGUGGUGAGCAUGCUGUGGCUUGCCUUCCGAGUACAGGAUGCCCCCUUGAUUACCGUGGGCGACGCCGUCGAAUCGUUCUUGAACGAGUCGGAUCGCACCACCCAAGGUGUAUGUUUGCUGACUAAAGAGGAGGUUGUGAAGCUUGCCCGGCGCAAAACACAUUGGCAGGAACAGGGCGAUGACAAGGACAAGGACGAGAACAAGAGCUCGACCAAGGAAGCGAAAGUCGCCCAACUACAAAGGCUGCGGUGGUCCAAGGCUGCCAGCCGCACGCGCUGGUCAGUGACCAUCGGCUUUAUCGUGAUCGCCCUGAUAGUGGUCGGGGUUCUGCUCUCUCGUGCCGUGAGCACGGUCAACUCCGCCGGUUUUACCAUUCAAGACGUUGGGUUCGGUAAAGUCACGCCUUGGGCCAUCGUGACCGGCUGGAAUGUUGGGGAGCAGGGGAGUGCCACCAACCGAAUCAUGUCGUCAAUCCUGGUCGCCAACCUGCCCCAGACCAUCUUCUCCUUCCUGUACCUCAACCUCAACGGCCUUCUGACCAGCAUGUGGCUGGCGUCGGAGUGGAGUGAUUUUGCCACGCAGCGUAAAACCCUGCGCGUUUCCAAGCCGAAGGGUGCGCAGAGGAGCACCCAUUUCUUGCAGCUGCCAUACAAAGUGGCCAUGCCCCUGAUGGUUCUGUCAGGUCUGCUGCACUGGAUGAUCUCGCAGGCCAUCUUCCUGGUCGUGCUCGCUGAAUACAACUCCGACGGCACACUUGCCAGUCCCGUGGCCGUGGCCUCGUGUGGCUUUUCUCCACUGGCCAUGAUCUUGGCCCUCGCUGCCGGCGGCGUCAUCAUCAUCACCACCCUCGUCCUCGGCUUCGCCCGCCACUAUGACCCGGCUAUUCCCCUGGCCGGCAGCUGCAGUGUCGCCAUCUCCGCCGCGUGCCACCAGCCGGACUGGGACCACGACGCGGCCAUGAAACCUGUCAAGUGGGGAGUUAUUCCGGAUGGCCUCGUCGCCCAUGACAGGGUGGACCAAGAUAUGGUCGGCCAUUGCUCCUUCACUAGCGGAGACGCCGGGCCGCUUCAGCACGGUAACAAAUACGCAUAA